GAAACCCGCAACGAUCGCGCGCCACUUCCACGUCGGAUUUACACCAAUCAAACGAACCCACGUCAGGGAAGCAGUUAAUUAUCCGAGUCCUUCCCUCCCUCCAAAGAACACCUCGUGAUCCAACAAUUUUGACAAUCAAUCCAUCCAUCCUUUUGUAAUUGAGAAAUUUCGGGAGGAUCGCUUUGUCUAGGCUCCUCCUGCGACCCCAAUUGCAAUUGUUUGGAACCCUCUCUUCUCUUCUCUUGGAUUCCAAAAGGAAGGGAUAGCUUAAUAGAUUUCUUUCAAAAGGUAGUAGUAGCUAGUGGGUAGGAUAUGGAGGUCUCUGGCACCGUGUUCCUGCCGCUUCCGAUCUUAUUUGGCUCCGGCGUGGAAUUCUACUCUGACUCACCCGCCUCUCUUUCCGUCCAGAUUUUCGGUUCAAGGAGGAGGAGGGUCAGGGUCACCAACUCUGGGUUUUCUGACAUGGGCCACAUUCAGUAUUACUCCUCCGAGCCAACAACCUGGGGUAGGAUUAGGUGUGGUAGUGGGAAGAUUGACAUGAAGAACAUAGCAAAGGACAAGGACAAGGACAUGAUCAAAGACGAGAAGAAGAUGAUGAAGAAGAAGAGAUUGAAAUUGGUUAAAGGUUUGUCUAGGGACUUGUCCAUGUUCUCCGACCUUGGUUUUGUCUUGGAUAAUCAUGGUUUGGACGAUCAACUCAAAGGGAAUAUAAUAUCGGAAGCAACAGAGUUGAUACUUGGACAGCUACAACGGCUGAAAGUUGAGGAGGAGGAGUUGAAGAGGAAGAGGAAAGAAGAGAAUGCCAAACAGAAAGCUGCUGCUCAGAUGCAAAAGAAGCUCAACUGUGAAAUGUCAUCUUCUAGUUCUUCGUCUUCUGAAUCAAGCGACAGUGAAUGUGGGGAAGUGGUUGACAUGAGCUCCCUCAAUUGUGUAGCCGCCCUUGCACCGCCGGUUGUAAUUGAAUUGCAACCAGUUAUGCAGGAAACAACAUCACCACUUCCAAGCACGCUAACCGAAGAAGCCAAUGCAAUGGAUCUGCAAUCAGUUAUUCCAGAGGCUCAUGCAACAUUGACCAUUCCAAGCACAACUAACUUAAAGGUGACGUCCACUGUGGAAGAAGGUGGUAUAACUGGACGUUGUUUACAUCAUAUUCAGCAGCCGUGCUUCUCUACACAAACAACUACUACAAACUGCAAUGGAGGUAUGGCUGGUGGAGGAACAUUAUCAGUUAAGAAGGUUGAGGUGUGCAUGGGUGGUAAGUGCAAGAAAUCAGGGGCUGCGUCAUUGUUGGAUGAAUUUCAGAGGGUACUUGGUGCGGAAGCCUCCAUUGUUGGAUGCAAGUGCAUGGGCAAGUGCAGGGACGGUCCUAAUGUCCGGAUUUUGAAUUAUUCUGGUGUUCAAGCAGAGUGCUUAGAUGAUUCUGUGAGGGUACCUAGAAAUCCUCUUUGUAUGGGGGUUGGUUUUGAGGAUGUGGGUUCGAUUGUGGCCAACUUUUUGGGAAAAAAACACAAGGAUCGUGGUCUGGCUGCUGCACCUUAGAAUGCUUGAUAGUUGAUGGUCGUUAGGUUAAUGUCCUUUUUUAAGUUUAGUUUUGUGUUUUAGUUGGUGCUGCCGAUAGAAAGCCCUAUUCCAGUUGUCAACUGUUAUUGAUAUAUAUUCUCUGUGUAAAUAUAGUAGUCCUAGAACCAAGAAAAUUGUGCCAAGGUGAUGUAGGACAAAAAUGGAGAGUUUUUGUAUUUUAUUUUUAUUGUUUUAGAAUAAGAAUUUGACUAGGAAUAUUUUCGUUUAGGUUAGAAUUAUUAACUUUUCGUAUUCGGUUUGAUUUUGAUUUUUGCCUUUAUUAGGAUUCUUGGUCUACAAGAAUUAAGAUUUUAUUAUAAUUAAUUAGGAAAUAUGUUUUAUUUAAUGCCGCUUGUUUUGGCAUGAUUUAUUAUUUCUUUUACAGUAGGAUUUCUAGGGUUAAGGUCUUAUAAAAAGGGCUGUAACCUAUUCAAUUAUUAGACUUUUAAGCUUUUUGAUUAAUAAUAUUGCAGAGAUUUUUUCUUUC